AGUAAUUACAGAGUCAGUAAUAGACCAGAUAUCCCGGAGCGGAGAGUGACGAGGUCGCUCGAUCAUCGCAUGUUUCCAUCUAGACUCUAUAAUUAUUGCAUUUUAUAAAAUAAAAAAUAAUAUAUAUUUGUAAAUAUGUGGGCGGAUACAGUGUUAAUAGUAUUUAUAAGUGUUUGUACAGCUCUCCUGGGAGAGGGUUUGACGUGGUUAAUGGUUUAUAGGACAGAAAAAUAUCAAAAACUCAAAGCAGAAGUCGAACGUCAAAGUAAAAAGCUGGAAAAACGUAAAGAGGCCCAUGGCGAUUCUUUGGAUAAACAACAAAAGAAGAAAAUCGAAAGAGAGGAGGAGAGACUGAAAAAUAAUAAUCGAGAUUUAUCACUUGUCAAGAUGAAAUCAAUGUUUGCAAUUGGGUUUGCUUUUACCGCUCUGUUGAGCAUGUUUAAUAGCAUUUUUGACGGAAGGAUCGUUGCUAGGCUACCGUUUGUUCCCAUUAGCUGGAUCCAAGGCUUGUCGCACAGAAAUCUCCCAGGAGACGAUUAUACAGAAUGUUCUUUCUUAUUUCUUUACAUUCUUUGCACCAUGAGCAUCAGACAGAAUAUCCAAAAAAUGCUAGGCUUCGCACCAUCAAGGACAGCGAGUAAACAAAGCGGCAGCAUAUUCGGUCCACCACCCCAGCAGUUCAAGUAACGACAGGGAAGAAGGAUAGUUUAAGAGUUUCACUACUUCUCUCCCUUUAUGCAAAGCGACGUACUUUUAAUAGUAUCCAAAAGGUUGACGUGUCGGAGUAAAAAAAAAAAUCAUGUGUCAGGUCACACGGAUCCAAAAAUCAUUCGUGCGAACGUAUAAGAUUGAUUAACAAAAUACAUUUUCACUAAUUAUAUUAUAAUUACAGUACAUAUAUAUUUAUAUAUACAUGAGAAGUAGAGCAAAUUUGUACAAAGUCAAUCGAAUUUCACAGCUCUACAACCCCGAAUAAUGCUCAUUCAAUUACUUUUAGGGUUGCGUUAAUCGAUAACGACGAAAAUGCAAGUAUCGAAAUAAAAAUGGCAUUUCUAUUA